CUUCGCUUCCUCUCACUUCCUUACCCCCAAAUAAUAGUAAUUAUACUCCUCGUCUUUCACAUUUUCUCAUUUUCAGUUUGUCACCACCCCCAAACUAUCCCAUAGACCAACUCAGAAAAUCAACUCUCUCUCUCGCUGUCUAUAGAAGGUGAAAGAGGAAGGAAGGAUUGACCUGAAGGUAGAGUCUCAGAUUAUAGACCAAGCUCUGUUUCUCUUUGUUACAUCAUAUUACAGAUAUGGCAAUAUUCGACGACGACAUCCUACUCACAGGUGAUGUGGAGUUCCUGAAUGCUCCUCCUGCAGGGGCUGCACAGCCUGGGCAAGAUCCCAGAGUAGUAGAGGAGGAUGAGGAGUCCGAUGAUGACAUUGAUGUCGCGAUGCUGGAGAGGCGUAUGUGGAAGGACAAGAUGCGCCUUAAAAGGCUCAGGGAACAACAGGCGGCGCCGCCAGCGGAAGGGGUUGACUUCGCAAAGCAGCGGCAAUCCCAGGAGCAGGCUAGGAGGAAGAAGAUGUCCCGGGCGCAAGACGGCAUUCUCAAGUACAUGCUGAAGAUGAUGGAAGUCUGCAAGGCGCAAGGGUUUGUCUACGGAAUUAUCCCAGAGAAGGGCAAACCAGUUACAGGGGCAUCUGACAACCUCAGAGAGUGGUGGAAGGACAGAGUGAGGUUUGAUCGGAAUGGUCCAGCUGCUAUUACCAAGUAUCAGGCUGAUAACUUGAUACCUGGCACGAGUGAUGCUGGAAAUGCCAUCGGUCCGACCCCACACACUCUGCAGGAGCUUCAGGAUACAACUCUUGGUUCCCUCCUCUCAGCACUGAUGCAACACUGCGACCCUCCACAGAGGCGGUUUCCUUUGGAGAAAGGACUUUCUCCACCAUGGUGGCCCUCAGGGAAUGAGGAAUGGUGGCCUCAGCUGGGAUUGCCGAAUGAUCAAGGCCCUCCACCGUACAAGAAGCCGCAUGACCUUAAGAAGGCAUGGAAGGUGGGGGUCCUCACUGCCGUCAUCAAGCACAUGUCCCCUGACAUUGCCAAGAUUCGGAAGCUGGUGAGGCAGUCGAAGUGCUUGCAGGACAAGAUGACUGCCAAGGAGAGUUCCACUUGGUUGGCCAUUAUCAACCAAGAGGAGGCUGCGGCUAGGGAGCUUUUCCCUGACAUGUGUCCACCUCUUUCGUCGGCUGGAGGAAGCGGCUCCUUGGUGAUCAAUGACUGCAGCGAGUAUGACGUGGACGGGGCUGAAGGGAACUUCGACUUGCAGGAGGUAAAGCCAGAGAAUCUUGACUUGUCCAAGUUUGGGAUGCACAGAAUGAUGGGAGGACUGCCCGUUCAACAGCCUUACCCAAUCAAUGGAGAAGGCAUCACAAACUUGGACUUCAUACGGAAGAGGAAGCCCUCGGAUGAUCUUGCCAGCAUGAUGAAUCAGACCAUCUAUACAUGCGAGUUCAGCCAGUGUCCGUACAAUGACAUCCGCCUUGGUUUUCGGGACAGGACUGCUAGGGACAACCACCAAAUGAAUUGCCGACAUAGAGGCAAUUCUACUCAGUUCGGUGGGUCGAACAUUCAGGUCAAUGAAGUCAAACCAUUGAUAUUCCCUCAGCAAUCAUAUGUCCAGCCGACAACUGCUGCUCCGUCAGUGAAAUUGGUGCCAACUGGGUUCGACUCGAAGGUAGAUGGACCACCAGUGAGGUUGGCUCCUCCUAGCUUCGAUGUGUCCACACUCGCCGUGCCAGAUGACGGGCAGAAGAUGCUGAACGAGCUGCUGUCAAUUUACGAAACCGAGGUCCAGGGCAGAAAUAUUGCAAGUUCCGGCAACAGUGCGGUUGCUGCAGCUCAAAACCACUUCCGGCAGAAUGUUCAGCACCAGCGGGACCAGGCCAUAUGCAAUCAAGGGACUGUUAUGGAGGGAAAUUUCUUCCCACAGUCCAACGCGCACAACAGCCAGCAGAUGUUCCCUCGGGAUGAUGGCUCCCGUCAGCUACUCCAGGCUCUAAAUCCUCCUCUGAACAGCCAGCGGACCACCACCAGUUUCACCAACCAGAACCACAACAGCUUCAACACAAUGUUCGGGGCUCCAUUUGACCUUUCGUCCUUCGAUUUCAAGGAGGAUCUUGACGGGCUAAUGGACGUUCUCCCAAAGCAGGACACGACAAUGUGGUACCAGUAAGAAUGCCAAGCAAGGAUAUUUCAACACUGUCCGCUGUAACAGUCUGUUGUGGGAAGGACUUGGCCUUCGAACUCCACCUGUCUCACCAGUCAUUUCCUUUCACCUGCUUGUACAAAGCAAAGUAGGGUUGUUAGCAAGGUCUCAAAACUGGACAGUAAAAUGCAAAAGCUCCCAUACUGCUCUACAACCACCUAUUGAUGGAAAUUUUUGUAAAAUAAAUAAUAUUAGUCAAUAUUAUGUGUAUGUAUUUCUGUAUUUUAAUCAAAUACGCAGUAUAGAAAAAAUGAUUUGUACUGUAUUCGUAAUAUACCUCUAAGCUUGUACUGUUUGAAUCAAUGGAUGGAAGCAAGGUUUUGUCGUCUUGUA